AUGAGGGGACAGAACGGCAGCACGGUCAGCACGUUCGUCCUGCUGGGCUUCCCCACGGCCCCUGGGCUGCAGCCUGUGCUGUUCCUCCUUUUCCUGCUCACCUACCUCUUCGUCCUGGCGGAGAACCUGGCCGUCCUGCUCGCCGUCCGGAGCAGCUCCUCCCUGCACAGGCCCAUGUACUACUUCCUGGGCGCCCUGUCCGCCCUGGAGAUCUGCUACGUGUCUGCCAUCGUCCCCAAGAUGCUGGACGGUUUCCUCCUGCAGCGGAAGCGCAUCUCCUUUGUCGGAUGCAUGACCCAGCUCUAUUUCUUCAGCUCCUCGGUGUGCACCGAGUGCGUGCUCCUGGCCUCCAUGGCCUACGACCGCCACGUGGCCAUCUGCCACCCCCUGCGCUACCACGCCAUCGUGACCACGGGGCUCUGCGUCCGGCUGGUGGCCUUCUCCUUCGCGUGCGGCUUCUCCGUCUCCGUGAUCAAGGUGUACUUUAUCUCCAGCGCCACGUUCUGUGGCUCCGACGUCCUGAACCACUUCUUCUGUGACAUCUCCCCCAUCCUCAAACUGGCCUGCACAGACUUCUCGACCGCAGAGCUGGUGGACUUCGUCCUGGCCUUCGUCAUCCUGGUGCUGCCGCUCGUGGCCACCGUGCUGUCGUACGGGCACAUCGCCCUGGCCGUCCUGCAUCCCUCGGCCACUGGCCGCUGGAGGGCCUUCUCCACCUGUGCGUCCCACCUCACCGUGGUCACCAUCUUCUAUACGGCCUUGCUUUUCAUGUACGUCCGGCCCCAGGCCAUUGACUCCCGGAGCUCCAACAAGCUCGUCUCUGCUGUGUACACGGUCCUCACCCCAAUAAUCAACCCCUUGAUCUACUGCCUGAGGAACAAAGAAUUUAAGGCUGCCUUGAAAAAGGUCUUGGGCUAGGUCGAUUUUCACAGUAGGACAAUCAGAUGUCCUAAAGUCUCAUGCACAGUGAUAACAAAAUGCUAUCUCAUGUCGCACUUUAUGCUUUCGACAGUCCAUUUGCAAGUGAAAUUUAGCAAACUGCAGAACCGUGCACAAAUCAUAAAGCUUCAUCUGCUUUCGUUUUCACGAAAGGACAGCAGGCGGUUUGGUAUUUUUGAGCUUUUUAUGAACGCAGUCAUGAAGAUGCCGGUAGGUUCCUUUCAUCCGCUAGGACGCUUGGGUGAAUCCUUUGUGUUUUUGCAUGUAGCAGUGACUCGUGCGGAUCGCCUGUAAUAUCGCCUUGCAUAAACGUAUCACAGCACACCUAUGCAUUGACUGCGUGGACGGUGCUGUAGAUGCUGUCUCUUACGGGCAGUGCCCCUGCGAGCAUUCUGGGUCAUUUCUUCUCAUUAAUAUACAUUCACUCUCCUGGGGUCAUGCUGGGAUCUCACUGUACUUCAGUCUGUCGUUCCCCAGUGACAAACGCAGUGUCCCCGUGAGGUUAGCGGUCGGCUGUCCUGGAGGUGCACCUGCCCAGGUGCCCCUCACCACGUCUUCCCCUAGGCGCGUAUCUACUCGCUGCUUCUUUUCAACGUGCGGGCAUUCUUCCGCGUUCUGGGCACGUGCCUCCGUCGAUGCAUUUAUUGCAAAAAUGUCCUAGUUUCUGGGUUUCUGGGUUUGCCUUUUCCUUCUCUUACGGUGUCUUCCAAUAAGGAGGACCUGCUUUAUUUUCACGUCCAGUUUGUCCGCUUGCUCCCUUUACAGUCAAGUUACUUCCCACUUAAGAAAUGCUUGCCUGUUCCAAGCCAUAAAGAUAUUCCCCUGUUUAAUUCUAGGAGCUUUAUUGUUUAAAUUUUCAUGUUUAGAUUUACAACCCACCUGAAGUGGAUUUUAAUUUAUGGUAUGUGAUACCGGCUAAAGUUCCUGCUUUUCUAUCUGGAUAUCAAAUUGACUCAGCACCUGCCAUUAAAAACAUUUUUUUUAA